UUACAGGGUAAGUAGUGCACUAAACAGCAGAGUAUGUUCAUAAUAUCAUAUAUAAAGAAGCUUCUGUUAAACGUUACAAUCAUUAGGCCUAUAGCAUGUUUUUUUCCUUGUUUAUUUCUCCCAUCAGAUCUUCAUUUAAAAUUGAGUUACUUCCCUUCACGAUAUCUAGAUCCAAUUUAGGGAAGUGAACAUGAAAAAUAAAUAUUUUGUUGCGCAGCAUACUUAGAAGGCCUUCUAAAACUAAACAGCGUGGCUAGAAACUGGUUUAUUUAUCUCUCUUACGAGCUUCCAUCAAUAAAAACAUGUGUCUAUUAUUUCCCAGCAUGCAUCUGUUUUAUGACGUAGUUGGGACAUAAGAUGCUGGAGAGAGAACCUCGGUCACAAAUGUUACAGAGUUAGUGCACCAAAAUGAAAAAAGAUGCCUGAAUGUCAAGCCAGAUUUUGCACUGUAAGGAGAGGACAGGGAUUUCACACAUUUUCUAUCCCUGAUCCUAAGCGAGAUUAUAAUUUGUGCAAAAGAUGGAUUCACAAUUUAGGAAAUAACAAUUUAAACAUAAAGACUUUUGUUUUCGCCUAUCACAAAGUUGUCUGUGAAAAACACUUUGAAGAGGAUUGUUUUGAAGAUGAUGUUGAGGCACGCUUGAUGAACUUCAAGCCAAGGAAGAAACUUAAAAGGGGAGCAGUUCCUACAAUAUUUUUAGACUCCAAAAUUCCAAAGAAAAGAGAAGCAAGUGAAAGGAGAAAGAAAGAGAAAGAAAAAUUAGAACUGCUUGAAAAUAUUCUUGGUAAUGCUGGGAAUGUGGAGGAGCCAAGUUGUUCCAAUGAACAUGAUGAAGUUGUGGAACAGAAAAGAAAAGGAGGAAUAGUUAAGAAAGGAAAAAGGGGAAAAUCAAAAAAGAUAAAGACUGCAAAGAGCACUGAGGAUGUCGGGAUUCAAUGUGAUUAUGAUGAUGUCAGAGCUAAAAACAAUGUUAGCACUCAAUGUGACUUUAGAAGUGAACACCCUAUGAUCAGUGCAGAAUUUUGUGUUAACUGUGAAUGCAGACGAAACCCUGAUCUAGCAAUAUCAGACCACAGAUAUUCUAAAUCACGUCAGAACAGUAUUCCAUAAACAUCAGCCACAGUCCUGUCUUCCACACCUGUCAAAUCUUCACUGCACUUAGUGCCUCUCAUUUGAAUUGGAUGAAUUAUCACUUUAGUGUUGAGUCAGUUGGAGACCAAGCUGAGCAGGGUUUCACAAACAUUCCCUCAGAUGAGUCUAACAAUUAUAUCAACUCUAUCAAGUGAGGAAGAGCAAGAAGCCAGUCCUACAGAUGAUGCAAAAUUUAUUUAGUCAUGUGUCAAAACCUUAUUAAGGUCUUCCGUAACAACGGAAGACCUACUGAUUGUGCUGGUUAAGAUUAUUCUUAUUAUUCUUUUUUUUUUUUUUUUUCCUAGACGCUAACUUUGAAGCUUCAUAUCUCGCUCAUUUCUGCAUGGAUUUUGCUCAAAUUUUCAGGGUUUAUAAACUUUACAGAACAAUUUUAAAAUAAUGUACAACAUUUCAGAAAUUCCCUUCUGUUCACAAGUUAUUCCCCUUUGAAUGAAAUUUUAGGGGCUUUGGUUUCCAGACAAAGGCUCCGAGACUGUAUAAGCUUGAGCAGAAAAUGCAUUGAAAAUGAAAAGUAGGAGCAUUGUAGUUGUGCACAUCGUUUUUUGUUUUUUGAUUACAGCGUUCGAAAUGGUGGUUGUAAGGGUUAAAAAAUUAGGACACCUAAAGGAGCAAAAAAUUACACAUAUUUUCCUUUGUAUCUUUUAAACUAAAAAUAUUUUGUUAAGACAUGUAGAGCAAAAGUUGUGCAAAAUGUUAAGAGCUUUCUUUUGAUAUCCCUUAAAAGGGGCUGGCCCCAUCAAUUAGGAAUCUGGGGAUCUUCAAAGUUUUCGCUUUAUAACUCAAAAACGGUAAAUAUUUCGAUAUGGCUUUCGCUGGAAAAGUUGUUCCUUAACAUCUUAUUGAUCUCAUAAACAUAAUAUUUUGCUCGAGUAUUGUGUUAUAUAUGAGUAAAAUGCUUGACCCGCAAACAGGUAACCGUAUCAUUAGGUAGGUGAAGGGGGAAAAAUACGUGUAUAACUUACUUCGGCACAUGCCCCUGGCGUGAAAUUCAUACGUGACUUCUGUGCGCACUGUGUACAUAAUAUACCUACAUGUAUUUACGCAGAUAGAUAUUAAAGUUUAAUAAAAAUAUUCAAGAUUUGAGAGCAAUUUAUUUGAUUUGUAUGUAUAAAUAAUUCAAACUCGAUGAAUUAUUCUCUUCAAUCUGAAUAUUAUGCUAUCAUAAUUUUGUUGUAUGAUAAAAUAUUGGUAACAGCUAUAAACCUUUAUUUUAUGUCCUGAGCCAUGAAUUUCAUAAAUUUAAAUAGUAAUUAUUUGUUCAUUAUUGGGACUGAAAAGUUAAAUGCUGAAAGAAUUUAAUCCCACAUACACGCGCGCCUCAAAAGACUGAUUCGUGGAAUGAGAUCAUACACGCAUGUACUUAAGUAGUAUAAAUUUAUUAAACAUAUUACGAUAAAAAUUUAUAGUACACCUUUAUAGCUUCAUUUCAAUGAUAUAUAUUAAAUUCUCAAACUAUUUCAUAAGUACAUACGAGAAGUCAGAAUCGCCAGCGUAGCCAAACUACUUAUAUCGUUACAGUACUUAUCUUCCUGUCACAGUACAGUUGAUUAUUUUCUUUCUAAAAACUUAUUAACUUGUAUUCGUCUUUUGUAAAAUCACUGGAUAAGUAUUUCAAAUAAUUUUUCCCGGGGUGAUGUUACGUAUAACAUAUCAAGAGGAAAAGAAGGCGAAAGUUAGAUCCCACACACACAUACUCAUGUACGGUUCCUGUAUUUUCAUGUUAACUAGGCUGCAUUAGGACCUGACCUAAGGACAUAUGGUCAAGUUUAAGGUUUUUAUGUCACACAGCUCCGACGGAAGACCUCUCGUUGCUUUGCAACGAGCUUGGCUCUAGUUUUGUAUAUUAGUGUGCCAGGUUUACAAACAACCUAUUGCUACCAACAUGACAAAGCAUCAUUUUAAUGGAACAGGAUUGUCUGUGAUUUUUAAUUGCAUGAAUAGCCCUGAAUUUAUAUAGAAAUCACAACCUUUUGUAGGCAAACAACCAACUGGCAACAUAAUGUCAUCAGCAGCUACAUAUUUUAGUGGAUUGACUUUCUAUGAUCAAUGCAGACUUUCUUUGGCAUUUCAAAGUUUACAAAGUACAUGAAAUUGAAUAUACAUAUGUUAUAACAUCAAGAAAAACAUUUUUUUAUUUCAGGCUCAGCAAAGCAUUACUGCUACUAGUCUGAAAUAUCUGAUGUAAUUUUGUUUUCCUGGCUUUUUUUAUGAUUUUGAUAUUUACCGUGCCACGAAAGUUUUCCUGGCACAGUAAAUAUCAAAAUCAUAAAAAAGCCAGGAAAAUGUAAGAUAUUUCGGACUAUACUGCUACCUGUCAUUGAUAUAUACUGCGGAGAGCAACAAAAUUAUGUUCUUAUGAAGUGGAGAGGAAAUUCGAUGGUAAUUUGUGAAGCUGGUAGAUGUGAUUCGCCAGGAUUCAAUGCCAAGUAUUGUACAUAUACUGUUAUGGAAGGCUUGACUUCAGCAGUAUUAAGUUUUAAUGUUGUUCAAGUGGAUGAAACAAAGUCUUCAAAGUUUAUCUACAAUGGAGUUGGAAGGAUUCAAAAGAUACUAGUCAAAGUUACAGCAAUCAAAUAUUUCUGUAAAAGCUUUAGCAACAUGGACAUGUACAAAUAAGAGGUUAUCUCAAAAAGGAACACCCCGGUAGUAUAGCAUAAAUUUUAGCAAAAAGCAUAUGUAAAAAUCUUCUGGCCGCAUCUAAAAAGAAAGGAUGUGAAGAUUUAGCUCCUUGGAUAAAGCCUAUAAACAAUCAUAUGAGGUAAUGUACUAGCCAUUGCAGAGGAGACCGUGAUUUGCUUGUUGAAAUGUGGAGGUCUUUAGAACAUCACAUAACAAUUAUAAAACGUAGUCACCCUAAACUUGCCAUAGAGGAAGCCAGAAAGGAAACGAUGGCUAAAGAAGGGCAGCAAGGCACAUAAAGCCCUAUUAUCUGGUAUUAUUCACAAAAGACUUCUAAAUGAUAUAAAUUCGUCAGUUGAAUAUGUUUUGUGACACUGGUGAACUUGAAGUUUGUCACUCGAUGCUGAAGUAUAGUCCAAAAUGUCAUGAAUUGAAAUAUGUACAGAUGGUUACCAUAGUUACUUGUACACAGCUGACCACUAUUAACCAUAACUACAAUACAAGAUAGAUGUAUUUUAUUGACCAAUCAAGGGGCCCGGAAGGUGUUGCUGACAAAAAAAAGUAUACUUCAAACAUUAUUUCGCACAAAAACUAUUAUAUAAUCAUAACCAGGCAUCAUUGUCUGUAGUGUUGAUGAUGAAAUAUGUUUGUACUUGUGUGUAAAAGUAGAUGUUAAUACAUGUACAUAUUGCACCCAUGCAUUUAAAUGUUCUUUUACAUGAUAAACUUCCAAAAACCUGCAUGCACAUGAAAAUACAUAUGUUUAUACAUUGGUUCUUAUGCUGUUUUAAAAAAUAAAUUUUCAAAACAAACAUAAAA